UCCUCUCCUCCUUCCUCCUCUCCUCUCGCUCUGCACCGGCUCCAGAGCCCUUCUUCGGACUCACUCGGCGGCAUCCUUCCUCUCCGAGGGACUGACUCCCUCUCGCCUCCUCCGUUGCUCUGGAUGGCUCCCGCGGACUGAGCCCACUCGUCCUCCGGAUCAUGCGCGACCGGGGCGAGUGAAUCCUUUGGCGGCGGCGGAGGCGGCGGGCGCUGCUCCUCGGAUCCGCGGCUCCUUCGGCUCCCGUCCGCGCCCGGCAGGGUGGGCUUUCGGCGGGGCUCCGGCGAUGCUGCUGGGGCUGCUGGUGCUGUGGGCGGCCCUGGAGCUGCGCGCCUCCUCCUCCUCCUCCUCCUCCUCGCUGGCCGACUUCACCUUGGAGCACGAGGUCCACUCCAGCUUCAUCCACCGGCGGCUGCGGAGCCAGGAGCGGCGCGAGAUGCAGCGGGAGAUCCUCUCCAUCCUGGGCCUGCCCCACCGGCCCCGGCCCCACCUGCACGGCAAGCACAACGCCGCCCCGCUCUUCAUGCUGGACCUCUACAACGCCAUGGCCGGCGGAGGAGGCGGCGGAGGGGCCGAGGAGGCGGCGGCUGCGCUGGGCAUGGGGGGCGAAGCGGGCGCCGAGGCCGCCGGGCUGGAGGGCUACUCCUACCCCUACAAGCCCCUCUUCAGCACCCAGGCACCCCCCCUGGCCAGCCUCCAGGACAGCAACUUCCUCACCGAGGCAGACAUGGUCAUGAGCUUCGUCAACAUGGUGGAGCAUGACAGAGAGUUCUACCACCAACGCAGCCACCAUCGGGAGUUCCGGUUCGACCUCUCCAGAAUCCCUGAGGGUGAAGCGGUGACUGCUGCUGAGUUUCGGAUUUACAAGGACUACAUCAGAGAACGCUUUGAUAAUGAAACAUUCCAGAUCAGUGUCUACCAGGUUCUCCAAGAACACCCGGGAAGGGAUUCAGAUUUAUUCCUACUUGAUACUCGAACCAUUUGGGCAGCAGAAGAAGGAUGGCUAGUGUUCGAUAUUACUGCAACGAGUAAUCACUGGGUGGUAAAUCCACAUCACAAUCUUGGUUUGCAGAUAUCAGUGGAAAGCAUAGAUGGACAAAGCAUCAACCCCACAUUAGCUGGUCUUAUUGGGAGACAUGGUCCACAAAACAAGCAGCCAUUCACAGUGGCCUUCUUCAAAGCCACCGAGGUGCAUUUCCGAAGUAUUCGUUCUGCAGGAGGCAAACAGCGCAACCAGAACCGAUCGAAGACACCAAAGAACCAAGAAGCUUUUCGGGUGUCAAAUCUUGGAGGUAUGCAAGCAGUAGAAAACACCAGCAGUGACCAGAGACAAGCUUGCAAGAAGCAUGAGCUCUAUGUCAGUUUCAGGGAUCUUGGCUGGCAGGACUGGAUCAUUGCCCCAGAAGGCUAUGCUGCAUACUACUGCGAAGGGGAAUGUGCCUUUCCGUUAAACUCUUACAUGAAUGCAACAAACCAUGCUAUUGUGCAAACGCUGGUCCACUUUAUAAACCCCAAUACUGUGCCGAAACCUUGCUGUGCCCCAACACAGCUCCACGCCAUCUCAGUCCUCUACUUUGAUGACAGCUCCAAUGUCAUUUUGAAAAAAUACCGAAACAUGGUGGUACGAGCUUGUGGCUGUCAUUAAACAUCCCACAAUGGAGUGACAACACGUGAGUUGCAAAACAGGCAGGGUUAUACUGUUAUACUCUUGAUGGUGAAGAAGAAGAGAACCUUCUCUGAAAACAAGCCACAAUUCUUAGGAAGAACAUUUCUGACGGGGCCAUAGAGUCAAGGAAGAAUUCCAAAUGGAAGUGGCAUUUUGCAGCGAGUUUGGGUUUUGAAUGAACAUCAUUCUGUAAAACUAAUGCACAAUGAGAAAAAAAAGGACCAAGGACCUGUUUUGCAAAACAGGUCUGUACUUCUUGUAGGGUAAACAAAACCAGUCCGAAAGUGUUUUUGUCAAGGGGAACAAACUUUCUUUAAAAACAAAAACAAAAAGCCAUCUCUGUGGUGAAAAAAGUGCGUAUGAGUGUUUGAGUGUGUACACAUGUGCAUAGAUUAUAUAAAAUUACUUUUAGAGACAUAAAUUGUUUGAAUUUAAAUGUGUGAAUGAUGUUGCCUGCAAGAAGCAGAGAUUCUGUUAAGAUUGCUAGGGAUAUGUGAAUACUAUCUCCACCUUCCCCGUGGUGCUCCUCAUUUGGCAUACUUCUCUUCCAAAGCAGCUCUGCACUUAGUCACUGAGCCUGGUGCCUUCAGCUAACUAUUGACUUCCCCAUUUGAAAGCACAGUCAGCAUUAUAAAUCCAAAAAUCACAGUGGCACAUAACAUACACAUUUUACUUACCCGUUUCAAUCCAAAACACACUGGUAGCAUCACAAACUGUAAAUGUACGUAUGGUUUUCUUAUAGUUAGUGCAAUUGAUUUAACUGCACAUAAGCUUGCACAGUUUAAGCCACCUUUCUGAAUACCGCAGGCUUUCAGUAGAACAGGAUGAGAUCACACCGUUUCUUUUGACAGUAACAUUUGAAAAUUAUUUCCCUGUUUUCCAACAAUUAUGCACAAUAGUAAGCAUGCAGUUCUAACUGGAAUAAGAAAAUAUUUUUACCGCCCAGCGAAUUUCCCCCAUUCGCAAGCUAAAGUUUCCAAGCUUUCCAAGCAAAGGGGUACUUUGAAUGCAAUUUUCCUGCUUCUUGGCAGGGGGUUGGACUGGAUGGCCCACAAGGUCUCUUCCAGUUCUGUCAUUCUAUGAUUCCCAUUAGCAAUAAUCAUACCUUGGAUUCACAUCAUUGGCUGCAAUACUGCCAUUGCACAAAGAAAAUGAAAAACUUUAUCUCUUCGAAGCUGGAAAGCAGUGUAUGAUAGCAUUCUACAGAGGACUAUACUGCGCAAAGAGUAAAAUAUUCUACUAAUGCAUAUGAAGAAGUGAAUAACAUCUUCUUUAAAGUUUCUGACAAGAGGAAUCGGAGCACCAAAGAUCGAUGGUACAUUUAUGACGUUGGGAAGGAAUAAUACAUUCAAAAGAAUCAAGUGCCCUGAAGAUGGUAAAAUUGGGCAAGCACUGAUGAGUCUAAGUUACUUAGAAGCUAUAGCAGAUAACAAAGUGAACAUGAGUCAAUAAGUUGGGUAUUAAAGCCAAUAUCGUUUCAGUUUGGUUCAACAAGGAAAACUCUUUUCAAAAUUGGAGACAUAUUAGUGCUGAUGUGGUGCUGAACAUGGCUAUAUCUCUACAUUUUGAGCACUCUAUUUCUUAUUCAAAACUGGGCACAAAAGUUUCAAAAGAAAAGCUACACAAAUAAUGGUUUAUAAAUCGUGAAAAGAAAUGGGCUUAUGUCUUUCCAGUACUACUGGUUGAAUAUUUCUUAUCAGGAAUUCCAAAAUCUGAAAUCCAAAAUUAUCCACAUCGUGCCUGAGAUGGUGACACCUUUGUUUUCUGAUAGUUCAGACUACAGAAAUGCUGUUUCAUGUAUUAAAUUAUUUUAAAAUACUGUAUAAAAUUACCUUCAGACUAUGUGUAUAAGGUAUAUAUGAAACAUAAAUGAAUUUGUGUUUAGGCCUGGAUCUCAUCUUAAAGAUUUCUCAUUAUGCACAUAUAUUCAAAUACAGAUAUUCCAAAUCUCGGAGGAAAAGAUCCCAAGUCCAAAAUAUAUCUGGUCCUAAGCAGUUUGGAUAAGGGAUUCUCAAUUUGUAUUAGGAAAAGACAUGAACAUGAAACAGCAAGGAUUGUAUGCCAUUAUCUAAACUUUUGGUGAGGCAAUUGUUUAUACUGUGUAUUGUCUGGUUGUCCCGUGUCAUAAAGAUUGUAGAUCUGGAAGAAAUUGUAGAAAAGGGCAAGCAAUGUGAUCAACAAAGAGGACAACAUGUCUUACUAGGAAAAUUUGUUCACUGAAGACUUUUCCCUCUUACUGUGGUUCCCAACCUUUGGGCCUUCGGGUGUUUUGGACUUCAACUCUCAGAAGUCCCAGGCAGCUUACCAGCUGUUAGAACUGUUGGAGCUGAAAUCCAAAACACGUGGAGGCCCAAAGGUUGGGAACCACUGCUAGCACAUGGAGAAGGAAGUGCUACAAUUUGACACACUUCUUUGUGUGAUGGAGAGAGAAAAGUGUAUAUCUUUUAACAAUCCUAAUACUGGAAUGAGAUAAUCCAGUGAAGCUGAUUUGCUGUAGCUUUUGGAGAUAGUACUGAAUAUUUAUCUUCACAGAACACAUGCUUCAUUUAUGGGAAUUAUUUCCUGAACAGAGAGUGUUUUUCACUGCGUGCCUUUUUGAAAGGAUAAAGCUUAGAGUGAAUUGAUUAAUAAAGGGCUACUCAUAAGUAUAACUCAAUACUUAUAUUCCAUGCAGAUACUGGUGACGUCUUUUUGAACAAAGCAAAUGAACAACAUUAGAGAUCUGAUUGGUUAGUGUUAUGGGAAAGAAGUGCCUUCAUGGCUAUGAAAUCUUUUUGUUCAAAUCCAGAAAUAUGAAAGUUAGUAGAAAAGUGCUAAUGCAUUGUUAGCUAUUAAUUAAUUAGUUAUUAAUAGGUUGAAAAAUCUAGUUCAGUGCCUUUAUGUUAGGAAGGGAGGAGAACUAAUAAGUUCAUGUUAAAUUGCCACUGAAGUAUAAGUUAAAAGUCUGUUCUAUAAAACCAUUGCAGGAACAAAGGCUUUUGUUCUUAUUCCUUCUGUGUUCCUAUCUUGGACUUUAGAAAGAAGUAAACAGCUAAAUGAAUUUUUGGAAAAACCUAUUUUUCAUCUACCCAUCAAAAUGCCUUCUCUUGCUUUCAUUUCCCUCCCUUUCUUAUAAAUGUAUCCCAGCAAAACUCUCGGGGUAAGAUCUCCAAAAUUCAGUUUCCUGGGACAAAAAAAGGACAUUCUGUGCACUGCCUAAUGUAACACAUAGGAAGUCCGCUUGAGCCCAAAGAAAACCAACCCGUGUUCUAGGCUGCCACUACUGUAUGUUGACUUAAUUUUUUAAAACUUUGAAUGCUUUAGCCACCAGAUUGUAUUUUUGUGUGGGGUUGGUAAGCAAAAAUAAAAUCUGGUGGCUAAGGCAUUAAAAUGCACCAGUCUGAAGAAACUAAUAAAAAGCAAGGAACAGUUUUCAAAAAUCCACAAGAGCUGGGCUUUUGGUAAAAUAAUAAACUGGGUUUUGUUACAUUUGUUGGGUCUUUAACAUGGUCUCCUAUUUGACAAAUUAAUGACAUAAGGUUGAAGUUCUAAAUUAAGUUUUAAAAUUAAUUGAAUUAACUUACCCAUUUACAUUAGAAAAUGUAUAGUUUAAUGGGUAACUUUACUGACUUUAAUUAGCCCUUAGAUAUCAAUGAUAUAUUUGAAUUUUAUUUUCAGUAGUUGGGGCAGGGUUUCAGUGCUUUACACAGCUGUUCGUUCUUACUUAUGACCUGAAAACAAAUUAUUUUGAGGUAAUUUUAGACUAUAGAAUGAAUUAAGCAAGACCGGUGAUGAAGAGUUGUUCCAGUUUAUAAGACAGAACAGUGGAAGAGAAUAGUGGUGUCUCCAAAAAAUCUCCAGGGGAGCUUCAUGGCUAAGUAAGUUUUCACACUUUCCCUCCCUAUAGGCCAAUGUACUACCCCACAUCAACAGUUUUAUUUAGCAGCCAGAAAUAGCAAUAAAAGUGACAUAUUUUAAAAUUGCAGUCCUUGGAAUUCAAUUGUUUGUGUGCAACUAGAUGGCAGCUGUGUAUACACAAAUAUACACCGCAUUUGCAGAGCUGAUUUGCAUUAUUCCAUAGUUCCUUUUGGAACAAACUUAGUGGCUCAGAGAUUCUGAGGAGCUGUAAAAUACUGCUUGAACCAUUGUCUUCCAUGUGAAAAGCAACCUUCUUUCACAACAGGAGACCUAUAGCAUGGGCCCAAAUAACCAUGUUUUACUUUGGAUUGGUAAAUAUGCAAAUAGGAUGGGUGCAGAGGAACAUGCUGAUGUCAAAUGAACCAUAAAGGUGCCUUAAGAAAGACUUCCCUAGUGGGCUAGAAAAGAUCAUACCCAGGUGGAAGGUUCUGGCAGCUACCAAGGUGGGCCACCAUAGCAGUUUUGGUUCCCAGCUUCUUUGUUGAAAGAAUCAAUAGGUGGGCAACACAGAUGUUUCCCUUGGCUCAAGUAAGUAGGAGGUGGGAUUUAGUUGCUUCUGCCAGUUUUUUAGGGUUUCCUCAUAAUAUAAUGAUUGUGCGGAAGAGGGAAUUCCAACAGACAUAAGAAGCAACACUUGCUGAAACCCCCACUGCUGCACAACUGGCACACAUGUUUAAAGUAUGAGUGCCCUCUCCAGUUGUUUUUUUUUUUGAAACCUCAGUCUUUCCACUUAACACAGUGGUUUUCAAGCUGUGGGUCUCCAGAUGUUUUGGCCUUCAACUCCCAGAAAUCCUAACAGCUGGUAAAGUGAUUGGGAUUUCAGGAAGUUGUAAGCCAAAACACCUGAGGACCCACAGAUUGAGAACCACUGCCUUAACAGCAUGACCAUGGAGACUGGGUCCAAAUGGAUGAUGAAUAGAAUGGAAGGGCCUUCAAAGAUAUGUUAUGAAGGGCUGCCCAACGUAAGGAACUGGUAGCCUAUGAUGUUUUCUUUGAAAUUGUGUCUCCUUGGCUUGAGUAGGUAAGAUGAGGAUCAUGAGGAGGCAGAACUUCAAAAGUGUACCUUUCUUUGGACCAUAUUUCCCAGAGGUUCUGGGUGUUGCGCCUGAAAACAGCAAAUGUUUCAAGUUCUGAGAGAUGAGUAGUCAUCUGGUACAUAAUUUAAAAUAUGCUCAGUGUAUCAUUUUAUACUUCUAGGGGUUCAGUGAGCCUUGUUCAGGGAACUUGGUAUCUUCUUGCAAAGCUAAUGCAAUACAUUAAAAUCACCUUCUAAGUGUGUAUGUAUAUAAUAUAUGGGUGAGCCUUAGUGCCUUGUGUUCCGGUCCAUACUAGUGAAUGUUCUGUAUAUGGUAGGCCACACUUCAUAAACUGUUCCACUGUAUUCACUAACCUUUUUAGCGAUUCUUGGGGAAUGUUGUUUUAUGGGUUUGUUUCUCCUAUUUUUCCCAUGUCCCACACUAAAUAAAUGGCAGGCCUCCUGCAAAUCUCUGUGUAAGCUCCACUGUUUGUACAUGUUUGUGUAAAUAGUUUUCACAAAAAGCAGAACAAAUUUUAUUUAUUUCAGCCUCUAUAUUUCCUCUUUUCUCAAACAGAUUCAGGAAGAAAAACUAUUCAUCUCUCCUUUGAACACAUGUUUUUUUCUUAUUUAAUAAAGUAUUUAUUAACAACUGUUGGUAAAAAAAUAAAGGAAUAUACGUUUUGGGUCUUUAUUCCCCUUUAGAUCAGUUGUUUUUAGAUGGUUGUUUGUAUAAAUUAACCAAAUAAAUGAUUGUGGUUCUACAUGGUUUUAAAAAA